GGCGGCCGUGCGAAGGAGUCGCCGCCCGCCGUCAAAGGGGUCGCGGGGCGCACGGGGUCACGUGGACCGGCGUGCGCCGGCGUCGGGGGGGGGGAAGGGAGGGCCGCGCGUCGUCACGCAAUCCGCGCGCGCGGUGACCAUACGCAGGGCUCUACCGCCGACGACGCCGCCGCCGCCGCCGCCGCCGCCGUCGUCGUCGCGGUCGUCGGUCCGGCGGCCGAGCUUUUCCUCUGUUGUCGCCGUCGCCGACGUUCGGACCGUUCAUUCGCGUCCUCGCGGCGCGACGACACGCACCUACCCUGCUCCACGGCUCGCCGACCACGGGAACGCCGUCGACUCCACCGGGUAAUAUAAUAAUGAUAUUUGAAAAUUGUCUAAUUUUUUUUUUUUUUUUUUUUUCUAUUAUGUCUCUCCACCCUUCUCUAUAUACGAUCGUAAUUUUUUUUCGCCGUCUUUGAUAUUAUACUAUUUCCGUCGACCCGUCUCCUCUGUUCGCGAGCAACGCGAAAAAAAAAAAUUUUCCGUUUUUUUUUCCCAACUUUUAUUUCUUUUACCGAAACGUAAACGAAAAAAAAAAAAACCGCGCGAAGAAAUUCCGUUCCGAUCCGUCCCCGUCCCCGUACAUGCGAAAAGUCCCGAAAUCGCCAUCACCCAUUAUUAUUGCCCAUAAUUUUAUCAAAAUAAAAUACCGUUGUAAGUAAUUUUAUAUUAUUAGCGGUGUAAAAAAAAAAAAAAAAAAAAAAAAUCAUCGAAAUCAUCCCCUAAAUAUUUUUAUUUUUUUUUAUUCAAUGGCCAUACAGUCGAAAUAUUCGUAUUCACUCGUUUAUAACCUUUUAACCGUUUCUAUUUCUACGGUUAGUGUUCGCAAAUAGGUAGUCGAAAACGAGACAUUUUUCUCACGAGCCGAGGGAAAUGUCCGUUAAUAAUUUCGGGACAACUCAUGUAGGUACGGAUAAAACGUCGGAAAAAUUGAUUUUUUUUUUUUAUCAAGAACAAUAAUAAUGAAUCGUCGUAUUUUUUUUUCCCGUAUGUUACAGAGAUUUUUGCAGAACAGUCGUCGAAUAUUGUUCUCGACACGUCAUAAAAAAAACCGCCGAUCGAAUUCGUCUCGAUCCGCACGCCGUAUACCGUACCCGACGACGACCUGCAG